UGUAAUAAAAAUAAUAUGGAUAUUGAAGACGAAAUUAUUAACAAUAUAGAUUUAUCAGACUUUAAAGAAGAAAAUGAUAUUUUUGGUUUUGAAGCAUCGAAAAAAAAGGUUUAUAUUGUCCAAGAAAAUAGACGAAUAUCUAAUUUAGAAGCUAAAAUUAGAUAUUUUGCAAAUAGAGUGUUUAUAAACAAUGGUGAUUCAUAUCAUGGAAAAUAUAUUAUACAACAAACUGUUUAUGACAUGGUUACAAUGUCUAUUGAAAUACUUCCAGUGAUGGACAAUUAUAUAACACAAUUUAUACAGUCAGAUAAGUCUAUUCCUCGAAUUAUAAUUGAAACUCGUGAAUUAAUAUCUGAAUACUUAUGCCAAAGUUCUGAAAAGCAAAAUAUAAUCAUCAAUGGACCACAUGAAAUUGCAAAAUUUGCCCAAAAACUGGCUCAUACAUAUAACCUUAACUUUAUUGAUCCAGUAAAAAUUAGUGAAGAUUUUUUGAAUACAUUAGUAAAAUAUAAUUGAAUGAUAUUUUAUUUCUUGAAAUUUGAUUUAUAUACAAUUUAUUUCAUUAAGGAAAACAGUAUUGAAGAUAUUGUUUUGCUAAUGAGAUCAGAAAUAUUUACUAAUAAUGAGUCAACUCAACAAAC